AAACCGUUGGUCUAGUGGGAACAUUUCCGCUUGCUUUAUAAAGCUGACAGAGAGUCCUGCGACCUAGGCCAAAAGCUUGUAUGUCCUCUACUUACGGCUAAUCAUUUAGAUCUAAAUAAUAGUUCUAAAAUGAGAGUUGGCUUAGCAGUGCAGAUCUGCAGUAAUUCUGUUGCCCACAGAAUGGAACUGUACAAGAGAAAAGUUGAGGAAUUGAAAGACUCCGCAAGCAGUGUAGAUUUCUGUCAUUGGAUUAAUAGAACGUGUGAUGCACUUAAUAGAACUAAGGAUUUGAGCGGUGCGACGUCAGAUAGCGUGGAUUAUAAGAUAAUUCAGAACAGUCUCAGUCGUUUAGAUGAUCGGGAGACGGCUGUUAAAUCUAGAAAAAUAUCGCCCAAUAGUUUUCUUACAAAACCAACUGCAGAGGAAUUACGAGUUGCCUUUCGCUCCACCCUGGAUUUACUUGAGUUUCUAAUUAAACAGUGCUCACCAAUCUCAGCUAUAUCUGAAAAUGAGUUUCAGAAGAACGAGGUAUUCUCGAAUCUUCAGUUAAAGCCAACUUUUCAGAGGCUGCGAGAGAUGUAUCCUUCAGUUUUGACACACAAACUUGGUUUAUAUAAAUAUGGAAAAUUUGCUCUGGAGUGGAAAGAUAAGGUAAAUCUCAUAUUGGUUAAACCAAGAGUAGUGCCAUAUGCAAUGAUUGACAAGAUUGAAGUUGAAAUUGAACGAUUAGUUAAAGACGAAGUUAUCUCUCCAGUUUAA